CUCGGGGGCAAACAAGAGUAAGACAAAACGAGCUGCCGAACCACGCAAACCAUCUCUCAAGGAGCUGGUCUUACUGGGGAGUUAGUUAACCGUCCGUGGAAUGUAAUUUAUGGGAAAUAGGACACUGUUUUUGCUCCUCACAAGCUCUUUUCUUGCAAAUAUACUUGCAAACUUUUUACACAGUAAUUUACGCAAAAGGACACGUCAAUAAACUUAAGUUUCUUCUGUUAACAACACUAACGUUCGCUUUAGAAGAACUUUUUAUUGACGUGAAUGGAAAUGAAGGUGUCUCGUGCGCUCAUGCUCUGCCUGUCAAUCACUGUUCACCACGCGCUACGUCAGCAGCGUCAGCUACGCAUGCGCCCUUCGCCAAGCGACCACCUGCCAAUUCCGGACCUACACGAGGACCCCGACCCGGCGUUCGAACCGGGGGAAAGGGAUUUGGCGCCACGGUUGCUUCGGCGGAAACUCGGCAGCGGGUUUGACCCCCUCUACUCCUCCAUCGGUCCACCGGUGACGCGGGGUAACGGGACCGAAAUCACGCGAGAGGACGAGAUCAGUCUCUCCGGACCGGUGCCUCGUGAAUUUCUGGAGCUUGAUCUCGUGGAGCUCAAAGCGGGACCGAAGACGCUUAGCAGGGUUCGGCGGUGGUUGUGGGCGUACACCCGGUGCCCAGUGCUGUCGGUGUGGAAAGAUCUGGGCGUCCGUUUCUGGCCGCGAUACGUCAAAGAGGGACAUUGCUCGAACGAACGCUCGUGUUCGCUACCGGAGGGGAUGUUUUGCAGACCGGUGGAGUCGGUGAGCGUCGCGCUCCUCCGGUGGCACUGCCACAGCUCUCGCGCGCUCAAGCGUUGCGCGUGGAUACGCGCGCACUACCCGGUGAUUUCACAGUGCGGGUGCGCGUGCUAAAGUUUUGGAUGGCUUAUGGUAUUUAAAAAAAAAGAAAAGAAAAAGUAAAUCUCACGAAAUCCAAAAGAAAGAAAUUCUAUCAUACAUGAAGAAAAUUAAGCAUAUUUUAGUACCAAUAAGAUUUCUUGCGUGAUUUUAUUUUCAUCACUAUUGAGGUUUUGUAAUCCCUACUUUUCUCAGAGAUGAUUGUUAUUA